GGGAGGGGCACAGAGGAGCCUGAGGAAGAGGGCGGCGGCGGUGGUGGUGACUGAGCGGAUCCUGGUGACAGGAUGGCUGGGCACAGAUUGGUGUUGGUAUUAGGAGACUUGCACAUCCCACACCGGUGCAACAGUUUGCCGGCUAAAUUCAAAAAACUCCUGGUGCCAGGAAAGAUUCAGCACAUUCUCUGCACUGGAAACCUCUGCACCAAAGAGAGUUAUGACUAUCUCAAGACGCUGGCUGGUGAUGUUCAUAUUGUGAGAGGAGACUUCGAUGAGAAUCUGAAUUACCCAGAACAGAAAGUCGUGACUGUGGGACAGUUCAAAAUUGGUCUGAUCCAUGGACAUCAAGUUAUUCCAUGGGGAGAUAUGGCGAGCUUAGCCCUGUUGCAGAGGCAGUUUGAUGUGGACAUUCUUAUCUCAGGACACACACACAAAUUUGAAGCAUUUGAGCAUGAAAAUAAAUUCUACAUUAACCCAGGUUCUGCCACCGGGGCCUAUAAUGCCUUGGAAACAAAUAUUAUUCCGUCAUUUGUGUUGAUGGAUAUCCAGGCUUCUACAGUGGUCACUUACGUCUAUCAGCUAAUUGGAGAUGACGUGAAAGUAGAACGAAUUGAAUACAAAAAAUCUUAAAGCCAGGCCUGUCUUGAUGAUUUUGUUUGUUUGUUUGUUCUUCAUUCCCCUGUUCAAGUAAUUAAUCAUUUAAGAGCCACACAACUGUAUAUCACUUUUAUAAUAUUUUCCAGUAAAAUAUAAUACAUCUUCUCUUAGUAUAUAAUUGCUCUAUGCUUCUUACAAACUAUAAGAAUAUUUUUAGUUUACAGUAUAUGGCUUAUGAAAAAAAUCUACCACACAGUAAAUGGUCAUGUUAAGAAAAAUUUAUCCUCGUAAGUAAUUUUGAAGUUGGUACUUGGACUUUAUUACAAAAUAGUGCAUGAAGAGAAAGAAACUAGACUGUAUACAUUUUUCUCUUCUUCAGUACUAAAUGUUUACCUUUCAUUUAUAAUUUCUUGAUAACCUGUGUUUAAUUUUUAAAAACAUAAAAAUUUAGAGACCAAAUGAAACUGUGUGGAAAUAAGUAUUAAAGCGAAGUCAAUGAGAUGAC